AUGUUGAGCCGUCUCACAGCCACAGUCGACCCCAUCAUGGAACAGGUGGGGGGCCAAGGACUAAAUCCUAGGCGGCGGGGUACCUGGCGGUAUCCGGUUGCUCGUGACUCGAAGCCUCGGACGAAUAAGUAUAAGGUGGCGGGAUUUGUCUUUAACAAAGCUGAGAGGGAAUGGGGCCCGCAUACCCACGAUGCGUUUGCCCUACCUGGGAACCAGCUGCUGCCGAAGUAUUUCUCCCCCUCCACGCUUGGGGGAGCGGUGGCCGAGUCCUAG